CACGGCAACCCCGUGGAAGCGGAGUCCAUCCGCACCGCGCCAGUCACAAGCCUUCCGCUUCAGUACGGCUUGAACCUGCUGCAGGCAGCCGCCGAUGCGGAACCCUGGCCUGUAGAGCCGCAGCGCUGGACCGCACAACCCAAGUGGAGAAACACGCAGCAAAAGCAAGCGGUCAGACACUGUCCGUUCUGGACGCUCUACGGCUCCCGAGGACGAGAUCCGCGGGUUCACGAGCUGUCGGCCUACGAGUUCGCCGUGCACUUCGAAGUCAAGAAAGCCACCCAUCCCUACACCAUCCACUUGAACGACGACGGGGAGCAGCGGCCGCCGACCCGCCACGAAGCUGAAUUGACGGACACGGGCAAGGAGAAAGUGCGCUGGCAUCGCUACCGCGCCAAGCUCUUGCCGGGCGCCGAUUAUCGCAUUCGGGAGCCGCGCCCCGGCGAGGAGUGGAUCCCCUUCGGCGAACCCGAGCUCGCCCAGGCUUUCAAGCACAGCUGGGUCAUGGUGCCGCGCAAGCGACCAUACGUGCCGGUGCUCUUCGGUGCGCAGGGCAGCAACCAAACUGCGGAAGACCAGGCCAUGAAGCUCCUUCUGCUCUUUCGCCCUUGGGUGAAUGAUCGCCGAGAUGCCCAGGACGACCUCGUGGCCUUCGUCGGAGACCUGUCUGCUCGCGACCAGGGGGCUACGGACUGGCUCCAGGCCGCGCGGCUCUGGCUGGGCCGGCGCGGCUUCCCCACAGAGUCCGUGAAGCGCUACGCCGCCCAGUUCUGCUUCGUCCACUGCCUGCCGCGGGAGCUCCGGCCCGGCGCGGAGCUGGAGGCCAACAGCGACAACGAAGACUUGGAGGACGACGACAUCAUGCUGGCGAUGGAAACGCACGUUCGAGGGGAACCUGGCAACGCCGGCAACGAAGUGCAGACGCACGCCGACCGCACCAAGAAGAUGUUCGCGCUGUCGCAAGCCAUUUGGCUGGAGGGAGACAAUGGAGGUGGACCCGACCCGGAGGCCAGCAACAGGUUCCGCGAGCUGUCCGCCAAAGAGCCCGUGACGGACCAUCAGCAGGUGAGACAAGCCGCCAUCGAUUCGCGGGUCAAGGGCGAGAAAGGACAGGAUAGACGAACUACACGACGCAGGGACCGGCGAAGCCCGGAGGUGCAGGCCCAGGAGCCCGUGACCGCCGCCAAGCUCCUGGACUGGCUCCACAGCGACCGUGUGCGCGGGGCCGUGAAUGCCAAGCAGCACGAGUUCCUGGAACUCGUCGUGGACAGAGUCAUGGUGGAGCUGAACCUCAUCAAGCCCGAGGAGUCCAUCCGGAAGACCUCGGAGCCUUUGGUCUGGUUGCUCCACGGGCCGCCCGGCGUCGGCAAGUCCCACAUCCUGCAAUUCCUCCGCGAGCUCUUCGAAGACUUGCUCCAGUACACCCAGGGCCACGAGUACGAGGUGGUGGCGCUCCAGGCAGUGAACGCGGCGGACGUCCGAGGCCAGAACAUACACAGGGCCUACGGCUUCAACAAGAAUGGGCAGCCGACCGAGGGAGACAACGCUAUCGUUCAGGGCAUCCGCUUCAGGAGGUGGGUGAUCGUGGACGAGAUCAGCAUGGUCAGCGCGAAGAUUUUGGCCCGCAUGGAGCAGCGGCAGCGGGAGAACAAGAGCAGCAAGGACGA